AUGAGCACUAGUUCCGACAUUAUCGCUUAUCUCAAGUUCUACGAUAUCAUAGCAUAUCGUACUGUUCUAGAUGAAUCUGCCAUUGCACAAGUCGUUCGGGUGGGGGGUGCAGACGCUACUGUAUCCAUUCCUUCUUUCUUACUACCUCAUCAUGAGCAUCUCGUUCCACUGAAGCCGUCAGCAGACGACAUCGCCCGCAUGGAAAUUGUGGUCGAAGAUGCCGAUGGCAAACCCAAGACCAAACAAGCCGAGGCUGUGCUGGAAUCCAUGGACCAAGACGAAACCCACAUAGACAUAAGCGUUCAUGCAAGCUUGCCUGCUCAGUUCGAUCAGAGUCUACUCAACUUCAUCGCCGCGUUGGUUAAAGCCACGAAAAUCAUUGAGUUCGAACAGACUGGUCUGAAUGAUGAGGAGCUUGACCAGCACAAGGAAGUGAGCAAACUCCCAGAAGACGAAAUUGAAGACGAUCCCGCUGUCGCCGGUCUGGCUCGCAGUGCCACGUCUCCUGCUGCAACGAUCCAAGGCCAUGCUCGUAAAGACAGCGGCAUUAAGAACCUCGCGAACAAGCUCCACACAUCCCUCAAGGCUUCGACUGCAGCCUCCAAUGCCCAAAUACGGGGCUUCGUCCGUGAUCUCGGUCAAAAUACGCGUGACGGCGUCAAACGUGUGAUGGUGGCGGGCAUGGUGAAUGAUCGAUGGAUCGCAAAAUUGGUCGGAAAGUUGGCGGUCGGGCUCCAGAACAUGCAAGGCGAUGUGGGCUACAGUGGAAAGAUUCCUGUGAAGCUGGAAUGGUACCGCAACCAGGAGGAAGACCAGAAGAAGGGAUGGGAUUCGAAACUGCUGCCUUGACGUAACACCUAUCCGGUUGGGGG